AUGCUUAUUUCGGGAGGUGAAGAAAUCGCAGUGGAUGCUAGACGAGGCCUGGCCUACCUCCGACUUUCAGUGGAAGCCAAUAAUCCAGUUGGGCAGACUCUGCUUGGGAUCGCAUAUCUACGUGGGCGGGCCGGCCUGACUCAAGAUACUAUGACUGCACUUGAACUUUUUUUGAAAGCCGCUGACCAAGGCUGGUCUGAAGCCCAGCUCCAUCUCGGUCUACUAUUUCUCGGUACACAUUAUUGUUAA